AACCCGAUCCGGAUGUAGUACUCUUUUUAUAAAACUUUGAUGAAAAGAAGAGAAGAGAUUUAUCUUGAUUUCUUGACAUAUUUUUGUCUGGCUGGUCUGGCUUUAUUAUUAGUUUCAUUGUUAUGUAUUUUUACAUAAUUUAUUGUGGCUAAGAUGUGAAUGAAGUUUAUCUUGUAUCUUCAUACUAAUUAUUAUUAAUAUGUACUUUUUAGUUGCUAAUUAUAUUCUAUACUGAAGAAGAAAACUUUUAUUUAUGAACUUGUGCCUAUUCGAAAGUUUUGUUUAUCGAAUACAUCUUUAAGUUUAUAAAUCAACUUACUUUUCUUUGGAUUAUCUUCACUUAGGAGAUAAGAUUAUAGUUAUUUAUCUGCAGCUGCAACAGUAUUCCAUGGAUCGAGCAAGCAAGGUUUUACGCAGAAGUGGAGUGCGUUUAAAAUCAAUUGGAGCUGGUCACUCAGAUUUGAACAUGGUGAUUUCAGAAUUGAAAGACUUGAGGCAUGCCACUAAAGCCUUCAUGACUGCCCAAAAUUCUGCUUCACAAGAUAUGGUAAAGUGGGCUACAUGUGAUGAAAAUAGAGCAAUUCAGGAUAUAAUGAGCCAACUUGGAGAAUUGAAUAGUAUGUGGACUGAUGUUCAGAAAGACUUCAUAGAACACCUGAAAACUUUCAAAAGUCAUUUUGAAUUGAUUCUGGAAGGGGAAAGACAGUUGGAUAUUGCUCAAAAUCAAUUGGUUAGUUGUGAGCAAAACGAGCAAAGAAUACGCAAAGAGCUAAAGAGAGCAGCUAAAAAAGCUACGGAGGAGGAAAUUAAUAAUCUUGAAAUAAAGUUGUCACAAGCAGAAAGAGCUAAGUAUCUAGCACAACUUGAAGUUGUUGAAUUAGCUCACAAAACAGAAGCCAUCAAGGUUGUAAGGCUCAAAGAUGGUCUUCUCAAACUUUCAGAAGCUUAUGUGGAGCUUGCUAAUAAAUGUGCAAUCAUAUUUGAAGCGCAAAGAGAAGUAUCUCACUAUUUACCUGAUGUUCACAGUCGAGAUAUGAAUGAGCUGAAAUAUACAGGGUCUGGUGCUUGUAAACAAGCUGUUGCAAAAGCAAGAGACAGGGUUCAUACUUACAAGCGUCACAAUUACCGUUUGGUACCGGCAAGCUCAAUCAUAGAGGAUCCUCCGCCGCCAUAUACGCCUGGUUACUACAAUCCAGCUACUGGACGACCCUACGAUGAAGCCACUGAUAACCGCAUUAAUAGCCAACAUCACCCUGUGAUUCAGAGACAGAGAGCUGUUGCAAAUAUUUCAAUUUUACCCUCAUGCCCUCCCUACCCUUCACCAUCACCACCUCAUUACGAUGAGACUUCCAACGCACAGAGUACAACUUCCACAGAUCAUAUCACCAGCAGCGAUGGCAACAACUACGAAGAUGAGCUGUCUGGAGCAAUGGGUGCUACACACAUUGAAAAUUAAAAGAUAAAUAAAACCCUUUGUCUUCUGGGUUUUAUUUUAUAUUUUUCAUUUGUGAUUCCUGGGUGAGAAGUAUAUUUCCUAAAGAGAAGCAAAAAAGAAAAAUCUAAGUCGACUAAUUAUGUUUGUACAGAAAGUAUAACAUUCUGAAAGUAAUUAUUUUCAAGUAUAUAACGUGAAUUAUAUCAAACUAUUUGCUGUUUCCAUGUAUAUGUACCACUGACAGGAAGAGAUGAGAAAUGAUUGUAAUUUACUUGUAGGUAUACUGAAGAAAUAUCUUGUUAACCUCUAUGCUAUGAUUUAUGUGUGUCAUAUUGUAAAUCUGGUCCACUCUUAUAAUUUAUAGAUCAAAACAGAAAUGCCAUUGGAGAAGCUAGUCAUUUACGGCUAAAUUAUUUUGAUCCACUUCUGCAUCCUAUUUUAUGUUACUUAAAAUAAUAUUGAAAAUUAAACCAAACAUUUGUAAUAAUUUUAAGAACUAAAAAAUGUGUGCUUAGCUGGCAUUUUCCAGUUGCUGCUACCAUUAGAUUUUCAGUCAAAAACUUGCUGUUUUCUGGAGAAUUUCAAUAAGAAAAAUUUUAAAUAAAUUAUUGAGAUUUUAGUUUUUGGACGCCACUAUAAAAUCUUAGAAUUCUUCCUACACUAUUUGUUUUGGAAAUGUAUAUUUUAGGUUAUAUUCUUAGAAAGUAAUGAAUGACAAUAUUUGAAGCUUUUUUAAGCAAAGGUGUUAAAUUUGGAUACAUGUAAUGAACAGCAUAGAGGUAAAGAAGUUAGUUCUAAGAAUUAUGUAAAAAAAAAAUUGUUUUACUUAAAAUAGAUUUCUGGUAAGGUUUAUAUUUUAUUUUUCAGGCCUUGAUAUGGGACAUUUUGUUUAGAAACAAACAGCACUGUACUUAAUUUAAUUUCUAAUGGUUUGUUUACCUUGCUUUAAUUUGCAAUCCCAUAUUUUUAUUGCUGGGGCUUGUUGUAAAUAACUAGUUUGAGUUCAACUUUAGGUUUUGACAAGGUUAUUAUUUUCAUCUGUGAUUUAAUAACAGAUCUUAUAGUGUUAUCUUAUAAGUUUUGUGGAAUGUAACUACCUUUAUUGUAUAUUUUAAAAUUGCAUCAUAUUGAAUAUUUAUUAUUCUUACAGUGCUUCUCAGUUGAAGGCUAGUAGGAAAUCUAAUUCUGUCAUUGUUUUGUUAUAAUUAUUUGCUGAAUGUUGCUAGCGAAAAUAAAGUUUAGAGCAGUGGUAGUCAAUUAUUUUUUUACCUUGCCCAAUUUUUUGGUAGUGAAAUUAUCCAACAUACUACAUUUAAACCCUAUUUAACAAGGACUGUGAAUAACAAUUCAUAAUUAAAUAUUCAUUAAAUCUGGUUGUUUACUUAUUCAGAAUUUAAUAAUAGUACAAAAACUUUGAGCAUAAGAAAUAAUUUCCCUAAAUUACUUUGAAUUUACCUUUACUGAGAAUUGAAAUAUAUUUGUUUAUUGUUUAGCUUUACGAUUUUUUUUUUCAUUUAAUUUUUGUCUUUAACUUAAUGGAUUAAUUGUAUCAUCCAUAUUUUGUGAUUGCUCUUCAGCACUAGUAUGUGUCAGUGUUUUUAUCAGGUUUCGUACUUCACUUGCGUUUCUCUUUUCUUUUAAAUUUGUUUUCUUUUAAAUUUCAUUUCAAUUUUGAUAUUUCAUGCUUCCAAAAGUGAAAAAAUAGCCCACUAAAAGGCUACACAUUUAUCUAUACAAUAUUACACAUUAAUACAUUUAUGACAUUUAAAAAACAAUUCCUCAUUAUAUCUGGAAUAUAACUGAGAGCAGGAUUGUUAUAAGUGGAUCCUACUGUAAUUUUUUAAACAUGAUUAUAGAUCUUUUUGUGUCCCAUUUAAUUGUGUUUUUAUUAUUUCUGUGAUAAGAUUUUCACAAUUGACUUCACAAGUUUAAACUUUUUUUACUUGCCUACCUCAUUUGCAAUUUCUAAAUUAUUUUUUCUUACCUCCUGCAGUGUAAGCUGGAAGCUUGAUUAAGCCACUAGAGGGUGUAAGAUUUCAGGUUGACUACCACUGGUAUAGAGGAUUGUUAGUGCUGUAUAAGUAGCUUUUUGAUAAUAAAAAUAAAAUUUUCAUAUUUGCUUUGAAUUCUUUACCUCUCUAUACGCAAAGUUUUUAAAAUUUGGGAUAAUCUUUCAAUUUCUGUCUUUUGUAACCUAGUUCAUUUGUUUUUCUUGAAAUAUUGUUUUCCACUUCAAGAUAUGGAAACUUUAAUACAUAUUACAAUAUCCUAUAAAAAUUGUACAAAUGUCUCUGAAGUAAAUUUUUUUUAGGUGAAUUGUAAAUUUGUGUAUUAUUAGUGAAAGCAUAUGUUCCAUAAAAUAAAAAUUAUUUAUUGAGCUGUAAAGUCUCGAAAUGUGAGAUAGAAGUUGCAGUUAAUGUUAUUUGAGCUUGCUUAACAUUGCGGAACAUUUUUGUUUAAAUUAAAUGUAGAAAAAUAAAUAGUAUGAAAGAGAGAUACUCCAAGAGUGCCAUUUGUCCUGAUAAUUAUGGAGGUGUUCAUUAAAUUUUGCAAGUCAGCGAAUUUUGAUUUUUUUCUUCCCCAAGACAGUUUAAUAUUUUAGAGAUUUCAACUUUUCCAUGUGAAUAUUAAUGUAAAUUUAAAUCGCAGUAUAAUUCCCAGUGAUCUGGAUAAUAACCAUGAAGGAGAAUAUUGAAAAUAGCAAACAAGUUUUAUACCUAAGUAGGCCUGAAAAUAAUCACCCGCCACGUUGCAAGUCGAUGAGAAAAAGAGGCAACUUAAAUUAAAUUGGCAAUCGGUCACUUUCCCACAUCAUUUUUCUUUUCUUUCUUUCUGUCUUUUUUUUUUUCUUUUGAAAAUUGUUUAAUGAUAAAAGUACAGCAGAAAGAGACUCUGGAAAACAUAAUUUUCAUUAAGAUAUGCAAUGUCUCCUAUUCAAAUUUUGAUUUUUUAUAAUCCAUUAAUUUGUGGUGGAAAGAUUCAUGUGGAAGGGGAAUUCUUUAACAAUUCAUAUAUUUCAAAGUUGUAAUGUGUGUAUUAAAAGUAUUUUACCAACCCCCCAAAAUAUUUUCAAAUAAAAUUCUUUAAAGUCAUUAUGUUUAACUAAAUUUUGUCACAUAUUUGUUAUUUUUAUUGUUGAAUUAAUGUUUUAUAGCCAUAGAUUAUUUCUAAUAUGAAUUUUUUUUUAAAAAUCCAAUAAAAAAAAAGUUUGCAAAAAGUGUCGUGUUUGUAAAAUGAAAAGGGCCUAUCAAUAUGGGUAAAAUGGCUACUAAGUUAUUAGUCUACCGGCCACUAGCUACUAACUGAAAAUAAAAUUUUUUAUAUCUA